AUGAGUUCUGUCAGUGUCAGGAAGAUUGUCAUUUAUGUGUUGAGUGCAUUAGUAGUUGUUUCUGUUGUCAGUCGAGGUGUGCAUCAUUUACGAGCACCUGAUGUCAAGGAGGCUGCACAGAAGGAUACAUUGUUUGGGUUGAUUGGAGAGCCUGGAAGAAUUGAGAAGAAGCUCGACGAUUUGGCAGAAAACGUGUUGGCCAAACAGGAGAAUAGGCUAGAGAAAUUAGAGAGGGAGAACCAGCGUCUUGAGAAACAGCUUGUGGAGAUGAAGAAACCUUCAGACAAUUUAUCCGUACGAGAGAAGUUGUCCUUUAUGUAUUCUUAUGACGUCAAUUCCAAGUUCCCUGCAUAUAUAUGGCAGAGCUGGAGAUACGGAUUAAACGACGAUAGGUUUGGCAAAGAACUGAAGGAGGGAGAGGAACAGUGGUCCUAUUUGAAUCCAGGAUUUGUCCAUGAUUUCUUCAAUGAUGAGACCUCGAUUGCAGUUAUUAGGUAUCUUUAUAUGAAUAUCCCCGAGGUGGUACAGGCAUAUACGAUACUACCGCAUCUGGCCCUAAAGGCUGAUUUUUUCAAAUACUUGAUACUGUUUGCCAAAGGUGGAGUUUAUGCGGAUGUCGAUACUUUACCAUUACAGCCUAUUCCCAACUGGAUUCCCGAAAACGUGAAUCCUAAUGAGCUAGGUAUGAUCAUUGGCAUUGAGUCGGAUACAAGUAGACGAGACGAAUGGAAGAAACACUAUACUAGGAAAUUGCAGUUUGGAAACUGGAUCAUUCAGGCCAAGCCAGGACAUCCUAUAUUAAGAGAAAUCAUAGCAGACAUUACCGAGACCACGCUGCGUAAGUCCAAAGAGGGUGGGUUACUCAUCAGAAGUGAUCAGGAUCCCGAAUUUGCCCUCGAUGUGAUGGGGUGGACCGGUACGGGGAGGUUUACCGAUGUGAUUCUGAGUUAUUUCAACAAUUAUAUGCUAAGUGGGAUAUUCUCACAGAUCACUUGGAAGGAGUUUACAAGAAUGGAAGUGCCCAAACUAGUCAGUGACGUUUUAGUGUUACCGGCGAACUCGUUCAAUGCAGACGCCAAUGACAAGAUGCCAAAGAAUGUCGUCUCUUCCGAUAGAGACCAUCCUCUCGCCUUUGUAGUCCACUAUAGAAAUGCCUUGUAUGCUACAGAGUGGGUGGACAAUUGA